CGAAAGUAGAGAGGGGCCGGGGACCGGCAGUCUCAAAUGUAAUUUUGUGAGCAGUACUUGUGUCCUGUUCCGUCAGAAAGUCCUUUCGAGUUUUAUUGAGAGAAAAGAAGAAAAUUGGCCGGUGAGGCCUCUGGAACAUGUCUGGGGAUGUGCAACCAAGGAAGCGAAAGGAUAAAAAGAAAAAGAAAGAUGAACCCUCACUGCCGCCGUUCGUGUACGAGAAGGAGCCGCCCGUGAUCGUGUCCAGCAGCAACAAUGGCGGCAACAGCUCGCCGUCGGCCGCGUCGCCGGACGAGCAGAUCCACGUGUACAAGGAGUCGCGGCUGGGCGGCAACAUCUGCGCCAAGAUCAUCUUCUUCCUGCUGCUGGCCACGCUGGCCGUGAUGGUGGGGCUCAUCAUCACGGAGCACCGCGGCUCCAGCGAAGUGGCUACUGCAACUGAUUCACCAUGGUCCCAAAUGCUCGAAGGGUGGAUAGACGAUUCUCCUCCUGACAAACAUGAUGAUGAACAUGAUGCAGCAAUCGAAGAUGAUGACCACGACGAACACGAUGACCAUGAUGAACAUGAUGACCAUGAUGAACAUGCAGACCAUGAUGAUGAAGAGGACGAGCAUCAUGAUGAGGAAGAUGAAGAACAUGAGGAUGAUGAAGAAGCGGCAGUAUUUGAGCAGGAGCAGGAAGCACGAUCUGCUCGAAGCGUAGCCUCAGAGCCUCAGGUAAGUGAAGAGGAAGAUGGGGAUGAAAACAAUGAUCUUGAAGAAGGUGACAAAGAUGAAGAGGAUGGCAAUGAAGAGGAAGAGGAGCAAGAUGAUGGAGAACAUCCACAAGAAAAUGAAGAUGAUGAGAAUGAAAAUGACAAUGAUGAAGAUGAUAAUGGAGAGUCAGAGAAUGAAGAUCAAGAUCAACCUGAGUCGGCAGAAGAACAAACUGAGGGGAAUGAAGAUAAUGUGGGAGAGAAUGAUGUUAGUGCUGAAGAAGAAUUUAUUUUUCGAGAGAUUCCUGGAGUGACUGCCAGCGCUGAAGUCACUGAAGACACUGAUGAUGAUAUUGCCGAGGGUAAUAUUGAUCAAGAUGAAGAAGAUGAUAUCAAUGAAUCAACAGGGCAAGGUUCUGAUGCAGGGUACUAUAGUGAUAACCAAGAUGACGAUGAUGAAAAUGAUGAUAAUGAUGAUGAUGACGGUGGUGAUGAAGGUGAUGAUGACAAAAGUGAAGAAAGAGAAGAUAUUAGUCUGGAUAAUGAAGACGAUUUAGAUAAUAAUGAAGAAGACAAUGAUGAUGGUAAUGAAGACAAUGACAAUUCUAGGGAGAAUGACAAUGCAGAUGAGGAUGAUAAUACUGAUGACAAUGAUGAUACUCAAGAUGCCGAAAGUGCAGAAAACGACAUUGACAAAGAUUUCAGCAUGAGGGGGGAUCAACCAGGAAAUGAUGGAGAAGAAGAAGAAGAUGAUGAUAUACAAGAGGACAAUGAUGUGGAUAAUGAUGAUGACAAAAGAAAUGUUGAUGACUAUGAAGAGGUAAUAGCUGAACGCAACUUUGAUUCUUUAGAUGCUAGCCCAGUAGCAGAUGAGGACGAUGCCUCAACAGAGCAACAACUUGAGUCCGAUGAUGACUUUGAAGAAAUUUUGGAUGCUCCAGAAUCUGCUGAUCCAGAAAAAUCCCAAGAGGAGAGUGAACCCUUGGAGCCUAUAGGACUGGCGCUUAAAUUUGGUGUUGGGAUUGCCAUCAUCAUUGUGGCCCACGUGGUGUUGGUUAGGAAAUGGAACGAAAGCGAUGAAACAGGAGCCACAACUUUGCAGCCUACCACUCCAUCAACAGCAGUGCUAAGAAGGCAAACAUUAAUUCCUCCCUCUGUAGCCUCCUCAAAUCUCAUACCUGAGCCAGAUGAUGUGGAAGAAUAUUCCGAUGAAGAGUUUGAUGAUGAGGAGGAAGAUGAGGAUCCUUUGCAAACCAAUAUGGUGAGGGAAGCUCUUGUUCGAAAGUAUGGAAAGUUAUCACCGGAAGGAAGCGUAGAGGAGGACGAUGUUGAUGAAGAGGAAGAAGAAGAAGAAGAGGAAGAUGAAGAGGAUGUGGAAGAUGAGGAUGAGGGUCCAGAGCAAGAGUUUGACAAAAAAUUUGGGUAUAAUGUUGCAACAAUACCUAAAAAACAUCUGGAUCAAGUGGGAGGAGAUGAUGAUGAAGAUGUGGAAGAUGAAGAGGAGGAAGUUGGAGAUGAAGAGGAAGAAGAAUUAGAAGAUGAAGAAGAAGAGGAAUAUGUUCCACAUGCUCAUGACCCUUGGAAAAAUAUCAGGCAGGCUCAAGAAGACUCUGAACCAGAAAUUUCAGAUGGUGAGGAAAUUUCAGAUGAUGAGAAAGCUCCAGUUCUAAGGAGGACUGGUGGACCCAAAGAGGCAGAUGAAGAGUCUAUGUGGCCAAUGGGGCCAGACUUCCCUUCAGAAACCACCCAAUCAUCCAACUCCAAUAAAGAGGACCGUAACUUUGAUGCACUUGAGGCACAGUUGGAGGAGAACCCACAAACAGCAUUGCAACAAGUGAAUAGCCUUCUUGCUGACACUCCAGAAGCAGUUGACCUCUUAUCUCUUCAAGCCCGAGCCUUGGACAAAUUAGCUGAGCAGAAACACAGUAAUAAGUUACUGGAAGAGGCAAUUGGAGCUUACCUGUCCUUAUUGCAAAGGAAAGAUGUCAGUGAUCACUUGUUUUUGAAAACUGCAGAUCGCUGCAUUAACAGAAUGAGAUUUAGAGGACAACAUGGUCAGGCCAUAACUGUCCACAAAAUGUUAAUAACAAGAUUUCCAAAAGAUCCGAAACAUCGCAAUGACCUAGCUGUUACGUACCUCAUGGUGGGAAGGAUCCCUUCAGCUAAACAGCUUAUAAAAGAAACGCUGCAGUUGUGGCCAUCUGAUGGUUUUGCUCUGGUUCACUAUGGAUUUAUUCUAAAAACGAGUGAAAACAAUAACGAGGAUGGAUCUCGUUACAUGCAGGCAGGCAUUGAUUCAAAUGAGCCAGGAACUAUGGAUGCUCGAUUUCUAUUCCAUCUGGGUGAUGCUUACAAUCGUAUUGGAUUACCCAAACGUGCGGAAAAGGUAUACCAGCUUGGAGUUGAUAGGGGACUCUUUCGAUCAAAAUUUCAGAGGUCACUGUAUAAUGUAGACAGGCUAACAGCCCGGCCAUGGUGGACACUUGAACAAACAACUUAUGCAAGAGAAUUGAGAAAGUUUGAGGAACAUUGGAAGGAAAUACGGGAUGAGGGAAUGGCGAUAUUGCAGUCCCAUAGUGCAGCUAGUGGAUUUAAGGAUGAAGCAGAAAAUUUACGAGACAAGGGUAUUUGGAAACAACUGGAAUUAUAUGCAAGAGGCCAACAAAUAACAUCAAAUUGUAAAAGGGCACCAAUCACAUGCCGACUGAUUUCCCAGUUCCCUGCUGCUCAUGGCUGUCGCAGAGGGCAGGCGAAAUUCAGUGUAAUGCAGCCUGACACACAUGUGUGGCCUCAUUGUGGACCAACCAACUGUCGCCUUCGAGCUCACCUUGGGCUAGUUGUACCAUCAGGCACUGCAUUACGAGUUGGAUCCGAGAUAAGAUCAUGGCAGGAGGGCAAAAUGUUUGUGUUUGAUGAUAGCUUUGAACAUGAAGUUUGGCAUAACGGUACAUCAACGCGGCUGGUUUUAAUUGUUGAUAUUUGGCAUCCAGAGCUGACUGAACGCGAGCAAAGAUCUUUACCUGCCAUUUAAAAAUUUUACUUAUUACGUGACUUCUGAACUGAAGUACAUGUUAUCAGCUCCUGAACGGUUUUAAAGGCAUGCUUUUGGCUUAAUAGUACAUACUCCCACCAAUAUUUAUUCCUGCAUUGCAUUUUGAGUUCUACUUUUACUGGAUUGUGAUAACUUUUUUUGUUUGCAACUGUGCUUCAACAGCUGCACUUGGACAUACUGCCCUCAUUGUUAAGAGGGCUAAAGAGUAGUGUGCUGAUGCCCAACAAACUAUUCAUUUUCUCUCAAAUUUUCUGCAUCCCGCUUCUAUAGCAGAUGUUGGAAAUCCUUCACUAGUCUGUACCAAAUAAACUUUUUUGUUGAAAUUUAUUUUUUAUUUAUUUAUCUUUUUUUCAAUACUUUGUCAUAUGUAUUUAUUGGAGUUGAUUCUCCUCUAUCUGAUCUUUUCUGACUGUUCAAAUGUAGUUGAUUAGGAGUUUAUGCCUUUUCCCCUGAGGUCAGAAGGGUAAAGAUUUUAUUUUGUAGAUCCUGUAGUGUGAUAACCUGUGAUAUAUGUUGUAACAACAAUGUGAAAGUGUUUUGAGGAGAGAAGAGUUUCCGCCUAAAAUCAUAUGCUGUUCAUUGUACUGUCAUCGACAAAAGUAAAUGUGAUUAGGUUUUUAACUUACAAAACAAACAAAACAAGAAACAAAAUAGUUGGUGAAUAUGUAUUGUUUACAUUGUAUCAUCAGUUUAACAGGGGUGUCGCAUAUUGUUGUCAUUGCAGUGCCUUAAAGCAUCAUUAGUUUUUAAGGUGUGAGUGUGGUUUUUCUUUGUAUAUAUAAAUGUAUCUUUGAAAAAUUGCAAGUGACACAUUUAUUUUUUCUAGCUAUGGAAAAUUGAAGAAAGAUGAAAUGAACUUAAUGUUUGAUUAUGUGUGAAAUGCUGUUUGAAGUAUCAUCCAUAGGGUUUGAGCCUAGACUUUUGUGAAAAUUAAUAAGUGUGAGAGUGCAAUCAAAAAAAUCCAGUUGUAUGAAGUCUGCUAAAGAGAACUCAUGAGAGUACUACUAGCUUUACCAGACCUAAGUGCCUUUAAUGUAUGUAAUGGUAAAAAUCAAACUUCGAAUGCCCAAUACUGAGGAUUACCAAUAAACAUCUGAUUUUUAUAGAAAAUAAACGUUUUAUAUCUGCUUA